AGAGAGAGCAUGGGGAAUUGCCAACGGCUUUGUAGUUGUGGUCUGCGGACUUUGUAUAUGAAUCAAGCGAAACGAUGAGGAUAGGGCAGGGAAGUCCACAUGCCCAUAUUGGUGUUGAUGAAUGUGAGAUAAGUGUGUGCGUGAUUGGAACGGGUCCCAUCGGAGUAUACAGUACCUGUCCCCGGAGAUGCGGUCACCUCGAUGACGCGGCAAUGAUGACAAGAUCGAUUGAUAUAAUUAGGUUUUGAAUCUUUGAUAUGACAAUUUGUACGUUGCGCCCCUGACGUCUCUGACGUGUCUCUGACAUGGCUCUGACAUGGCUCUGACAUGGCUCUGACGGGGCGAGACGCCAAUGUGUGUGGCUGUGGUCGCUAGCUCGUUUGCGGCGCGGAAAAAAGGUGGUGGGUGUCUCACGUUAAUAGUCGUUCAAGAGUAUUGGCUGGUUCGCAAAUGAUUUUUUCUUUUACUUUUUGAAUAAUUGUGGGCGAAGUGAUCCACCUUCACGUUUUUUCCCUUUUGCGGCUGUAAUCGAGCACAUACUCACACUUGUCGUAUCUGACUCCAAUUACUGUCAGAUGAAGUAAAGAGGGCACUUUUGUGGUAUCUGGGUACAAUCAUGGCCAGAGUAAGGCGUUAAGAUGAGGCUGGCGAGGUUUGAUCUUAAUUAUGUAUUCGACUUUUUCCAGGUCUAAUUAGUGCUUAUCCAGUCGUUUCGCGUUUGUCCUGGCUGACAGGAGGGGUUUUAUUUCGAGGGUGUCAGUUGGCUUCUGGUGUGACGCUUGUCGAGAUCGAGCCUGGCAAAGCCUGGCAAAAAAGGAAAAAACAAAAGGCGUGGUGGAGUGGACAUGGAAGCUUUCCAGUAAAAUGCUGCUGUGUUGCUUUGCUGUGUCUCACGACUGCGCAGUUUGUGUGGGCACUCAGUAGUUUCUUCUCCUUUGCAUGGGCGAAUCGCCCCCUCGGUUACGCGCUCCUCGUGGAGAUGGGAGAGAGAGAGGUACCCAAUUCUCUCUCUUUCUCCUUUUACCGGAUGGAGAAAGUAGAGGAGAACGCGCUCCUCGUGGAGGUGGGGGAGAGAGAGGUACGCAUCUCUCUCUGUGCCGUCACCGCAUCGAGAAAGCGGGGAAGAGAGAACGCGCUCGUCGUGGAGAUGGGGGGGACAGAGGUAUGCAUCUUCUCUCUGUGCCGUCACCGCAUCGAGAAAGUGGGGAAGAACGAUAGAAUGUGCUCUCUCCUGUCGUCAUAUGGGUGUUUUUCUGUCUGUUUUGAAUGUGCCCUAAACGUAUGUCCUGGUAGGUAUCAUUACCAAAAUUGGUCGGCUGCGCGUUUGCCUUGCCUCUCCCGCUUUGAAUGUCGUCUCCCCAUGCUAGGAAAAGGAAAGUUCUCACUAGCAAUAGAAAACUUCGGUGGUGCGACGGCUCUCUUUCAAAUGCUCAAAAUGAGAUGAAGUGCUACGUAAUUCAACUGUGCGUUUCCGCAAGGAUGGAGCUUAGUGGUGAGCGUUCAGCUAGCUUGUUAUCCCGCUGCUCUGGCUGGCGCCUGAGGCGGAAGCUGUGUGUGCGUAUCUCGCACGCUGGCGGGCUCUUUUCCGUUUUUUUCUUUUUUUCCUUUUGGUGGGAUGUACUUCCUCUGGAUAAUCUAUUGCCGCGAUCGGUGGAAGGUCAAGAUGACUCACCAGAACACGUGCGGCUCGGAGGGCGGGAAAGCGAUUUGCCGCCAGUAUCACGUGCGGUUCGGGGAAAGCGAUUUGCCGCCAGUAUCACGUGCGGUUCGGGGAAAGCGAUUUGCCGCUAGAAGCGGACGUUGUAAAUUCGUGUUCAAGUACAUUGAUGCAAAGGAUUGGGAGAAUGGCGAGGGAAGGGGGUGACUGCUGCGCGAUGCAAACGAAUUACUUUUCAAACGAAACAACGCCAAUGUAGUAUAGUAUGGACGACUUGGUCGGAUGUAAGGGUACACACACUAGGAGUUUUUUACUCAUUUAUGGACGCAAUUGCGGUCACAGUCAUCCAGGCGCGGCCGUAAAUGCGGUCAGAUACAUUUAACAUAGGGCUAGUGUGAGUACGCCCCGAGUAACAGUCGACAGAUUGGCGCGUGAUUUUCCUUUCUCUAUUUUGCCAGGAUGUGCUGUCUUCAUGCUUUGCUUUGCACCUCGGUUACUCCUUCAGGGGCUUGUUGCGCGCCACUCGCCAUCCACCAAGAUUCCGAAUGCAUCUGGACAAACUCCCAAGUUCAGAUGCUGAUGGCGAAUGGUGCAACUAGGCCCUCACCAUGUACGUCCCUUUCAUAUGUAAAGAAAUGGAGACGGGUUGCUGUCAGGUAAUGUCUCUAGCAACCGGUGAUUGUGCUCGAGAUGGGGCAAGACGGGUGGUUGAGGGCCGGGGGGGGGGGGGAGGGCGCAGACCAUAUGGCAGCGGGGGUUGAAGUGUACCGCGAGAACAAAGGCAUGAGAGAGAACCUAGUACCUACCCGUCAAGGGCGCAGAUUGCCUCUUCGCACGAAGAUUGCCACUCCGUUCUCCAUGAGAGAGGGAAGGAAGGUGGGAACGUACCGACUCGCUCGAGAUGGCGGAGAGGCAAUGUUACAUGUAACGUUCGUCCAAUUAUUUGCUGCGAGCUACGGAAAAGAAUGAUAUGACAUCUGCGCUCACUGGUCUUCCACUUGUGUGUGUGUGUGUGUCUGUGUGUAGAGAGAGAGAGAGAGAGAGAGAGAGAGAGAGAGAGAGAGAGAGAGAGAGAGAGAGAGAGAAGACCGUUGAAACUUCAUGGCGCUAGUGGGCAUAAAGAAUCCUCUCUUCCCAAGUCUGCAAGAUGGCGCUAAUAGAUUUCGCUCUGGCAACUGUCACGAUGGUUGCUCCUCACUGAUGUCGACUUCUCGAUCUGCAAAUGCAGGCGUUACUCGUUGUGUGACGACACAUAACUUGUUGUUAAUCUAUCUCCCUGUAUAUUGAAGGUGUAUGCCUUGGCACGAUCGCUUUGUCGAUUUUGAUCAUCCUGGAUUUUGCUUGUUCUCCCUCUUAUUCUUCUUCGCCGUUCUGUUGCUAUGCGAACUGGAAAAGCGAAACGACUACGGUCCGAUUCAUACCAUCCGUUACGCCUAAUUCGUGUGCUUUUUUUUUUCAGUUUCUUUGGAAAGGUGUAAUCCAGGGAAAAAAAAGCACAACUGGUGUGCUAUAUCAUUCACUGCUUUAUGGAUGUUCACGUUAUCCUUUUUUUUAAUAAAGAACCUUCAUUAUA